CUUGACCCGCCCCCCGCCCCCGCCCCCGCCCCUUCCCUCAAUCGCUCCUCACCUCCUCUCCCACCCCCGAUUCACUCGCGGCCGCAGUCACCAUCUUCCCCACCGCCAACCUCCCUCCCACCCCGGUGCCUCUCUAUCCGGCCACCGCCGCCCCAUCCUCACACCCUCCCGCUCCCCUUCCCCUCACCUUCUCCCCCUGCCCUAAGGUCAGUCGCCGCUGCAACCACCGUAUUCCCCACCACCAACCUCCCACCCCCGAUGCCCCUCUCUCUGGCCAUCGCCGACCUCCUCCCCCUCCUACCCCCGGUGCCCCUCUCUCAGGCCACCGCCGCCCCAUCCUCAUACCCUCCCGCUUCCCUUCCCCUCACCUUAUCUCCCCGCCCCAAGGUCAGUCGCCGCCGCAACCACCAUAUUCCCCACCACCGACCUCCUGCCCAUCCCACCCCUGGUGACCCUCUCUCUGGCCAACGCCGCCCCAUCCUCACACCCUUCCCCUCCCCUUUCCCUCACCUUCUCUUCCUACCCUAAAGUCCUAGAUCGGGAUCGGGAUCGGGCAGGAGACGACCUGCAUCCAUCCAACCUCUAGGUCGGCAUGGAUACAGAGGUGAUUGAGGUCGGCACCAUGAUCGAGCGUUGGGACAUGAGGUAGUAUCAUCGUGGUUCUUCUCUGCUCCGUCAUCAAGGCUUCGAGCGGACAGGAGGCGGCCUCCGUGCGCCAAGGUCGGCGACAUCAGGAGGGUCGGUUGUCAUCCUACUCCUCUGCUCCACCGCGUCAUGGACACUAGUCCCGGACGGUGAGGCGUUUCUGGGCGGAGCGGAGGGAGGCCGGAGCUUGGAGCACGACGGCUGGUGGACGCGGCAUGGUGUCGGGUACCUGUGAGAGAGGAGCGAGAUAAGCGGGAGAGGAAAGGGACCACGAGAGGAAGGAGAUGGGAUGCUGGAGGGAGAGAGAAUGGAGCGGCGAGAUGUGGGGGUGCUCCAGUUGCUGCUGCUCGCUGGCCAUCGGUUGGCCGGAAUUGCGGCCCCGUGCAUCACGUGGUGAAGCCAAGGUCCAGAAUUGUUCGAGUAAAGGAGCUACCCUUGGACACACGUGGUCUGAAGAGCUUAAUUUGCAGAAACUCCAUCCACCCGUCAAACUGUUCAUCUGUAAAAAAUUGUGCGCAUUGGCAUAUUCAUGUUGAUCAAGAUGGUGUUGUGGACUCGUGAAUAGUUCCCCCGAAGACUUCUCUACCGAGCCACAACAGGAUGUUCAGUUGCCUCACCACUAAUUGAAGAUAGAUUGUCAAGUGGAGGAUGUUCAGCCUCUUUCGGUCGGUCGGACCGACGAGAUUAUUUCUGUUUAGCUGCAGAGAAACUCAGUGAUUCACUUGUCUGAUUCAGUGCUUUGCCAGAUAAAAAAUAGAAUCUUUCUAAGUAGCACAUGUCCUUAACUUUUUUAUAAUAAUGGAGAUGGUAUAUACUCCGAAGGCAUGAAGACAUGUAUUUAAUAAUGCUCCAGGUGAGAUAUAUGCAUGUGUUAUGGAUUUUGGUUUCGAGGAAAA